CUCGAUAGCCUUCGAAUAGGCGGGAAACGCUAAAUACAACAGUGUUUAGAUCAUAGUACUACACGRAAGUUGUUAGAUCGUGAUACUGCACGAAAGAGAUGUACGGAGGAGGAGGGAAUAACAAUAACGGUAGCAACAAUAAUAACGGGAUGGAUGGGAACAACAGAGGGUAUUAUGGGAAUGGGGKWAGAAACGGGRUACAAUGUUACGAAUGUGGGAAGAUGGCGCACAUAGCGAGGGACUGUUGGGCGAAAAGACCAAGGACCGGGCAGCAGGAGGAUGAGGUACGGAUUUUCGUUCGGAAUAUGAUGAACGAAAAGGAAGAAGAGCAUGAGCGUAGGGCAAAGGAGGAGGAACAAAAACGAAGAGAGGAUGAGGAAUGGAAGCGUGAACUGGACAUAGCGAGAAGAACGGAGGAGAUGAGGCUCCUCCUACAAGCCRAUAUCGAGGAGAAGUGGAGGCAGCAGUUGCGUGCGAAUGCAGAAGCGGCAAAGGUGGCGGCAGCUACGAAGUCGAAGAAGGCAAAGAAGGGGGGGACGGAGAAUGUGGUGGAAAGAACGUCGGCAGCACGAGCAAAUACUGAAGAAGAGAGGGGAUCGGAGACUUCUACAGAUUCAGGAGAAGACACGGAAGGGGAGGCGCUUAAGAUAGCACGAAGACUGAGAGAAAAGAGGCGAUGGAGAAGGUCGCAGAAGAGACCGACGAAGGGAAAGGAGAAGGUUAGACAAGUGGCAAGUGUGUAUGAGAAGGGCGAGUGUUCACGAAGGCAACGUACGCCGGUAGCAGCGAAGGAUAGCUAUUCAGGGGAGCACAAGACACCGCUGACAGGCGAAUAUAAGGGAAUCCCGRCCGGAUGUUCACAACAAGGGCUAGUGGACUACACAYUGUCGGUGAUGAAGGAGUAUUCGAAGAAGCGGGUGUCACAGCUACGGGAGUUGUGUGAUAAGCACGGGAUAAAGUCGACUAGGAAGGAUGAGAUGGUAGCCGAGUUGGUUAAAAAGCAGACGAAGAUGGCGUAUGAGGGUUUCUUUACUACACCUACCAUGGUCGGGAAUAAGACAAAGGCUAGGAUGGAAGGACCAGAAGAUGGAGCCGAGAAGACAUCGGCGGAGGUGGUGAAGAYGRGCAUUACAACGAGAGGCAAGGCGAUGUGUUGUGAGCAACCAAGAGUUAUUUUGCGUUCGGCAGCUCCUGAGGAAUCGUGUUCGGAGUGGUUGGCAAAGUACUUAGACAAGGCGCAAUUGGAAGAGKACAYGCUGGACAUGCGGACGGGAGGAACGUACAUCAUUACGAGUCCCUGGACAAAGAAGGUCUAMGUUGGUUGUACCGCGAGACCAAUUCUGCAGAGAUGGCGUCAGCACGUGCAAGCAGCAGAUACCGCAGCACUCGGGAAGGCGCCUAAGCUGURCCRUUGGAUGAGAAGAUUCGGCGUAGACAAUUUUGUGAUCCUACCAAUCAGGCAUACCACCGAAGCUGAYGAUUUUGCCUUCGAGAGGUACUUGAUUCGGGAUUUGGCACCGUGCCUUAACACGAUGGGAGCAGGGAGGCAGAUAGGGACAAGGAUGAGAGGAAGGAAGGGAAGGAGGGAGAGGAAGYGACRUGGAGGCGUGACGAGAGGGAAGGCAGUUGUAGGUUUCGAGACGAGCUGUGGAACCAGGACAUCGCUAGUUAACUGGCUGGAGGAACAGCAGAGGGAUGGAACGGGUGGGGAGAGGGUGGUGAUAUUCAGAGAAGGCGAGCAUUGGACGGACGGCUGGAAACAAACCAKAGCACGGUAURGGAUGACUGAGGUUAAGACGAGGAAUGGACUUUUGUGUCUCAAGGAUGCAAGGGAGGAGUGCCAACAAGGUGGACAGAUWACUUUCSUCAAGAUUCGCAAGACGCCGACGACRACGGAAAGGAAUAAAGUGACUCUACGCAGAAUACUGAAACAGCCUAGAGCGACACUAUCCAUGGCUCRGAUGACAACGUCAAGGCUUAUCGGACUGUACAGGACCGCGAGACUGUUCAGGAAGAAGAGUAUYAGGAACAAGCUUAAGGUAAAGAUAGAUSAGGCGGUGASACAGAAGACAGGAGUGAGCAUUCGAAGGAAGGUCACAGUUAAGUACCCGUAYUGCUCUAGGAUCUUGAAGGCUGAAGUAAGAAGGAUUACUGAAUGUGUGGUGGAGAGGAGGGUGAAGGAYGAACCGGGGGCGAGUUUUGUGAAAAGGAAGAUCAGAGUCGUGAAUACUAAGAAUAGGACAGUUGCGGACUUAAUCCACAAUCACCGACGUUUUGCGAACACUGAGCAGGUCGUUUGCAGCUGUGCGAGGUUCGAACUUGGGAGACACGACGGGCAUGUGCUAACGAGACUGACAGAGGUGCCAGACACGCCUGGCUUUGUGGCAAAUUCGAAGAAUGGCACUAGAGAUAAUCAGUGGACUGGUUUAGCUCAGGUAAGGAUCGGCAUUUUGGAAGCAACAUCACAUCUAAAGGGAGAACGGGGCGAGGAUCUAGAUGUUGGCAGAUGUGUGAGAGAAGCAGGCGUGGUGGAGGCUGCCUGGACGGAUGUCGAAGUCAGAAGCUGGGCGUCGCGGUACGACGGGUUGGUAUGCGCCCCGAUCGACCGAAAUGCCGGUGAUACAGUGCCGAUAUGCCCGGUGAUGUACCGGCAUGCUUGCGGGAAGGUCUUCUCAUGGAGCACGGAUUAUGAGAGAAUCCAUGACAUCGAAGAAGAGGUACUGAAGAAGUGCAAGAGUGACUACCAGAAUGAGGGACUGCUGCAAGCGGGAAGCUGGAAGGCGAACGGGAAGCUCGGAAAGGCGUAUGUGAUACCAAAGGAUAAGGAUUUACAGAAGUGGAGGCCGAUAGCGCCUGCCUGUAGCGAUCCAGCUCUAAUCGGGCAACGGAGAUGUGYAAUGGCUCUAUUCUGUCUUAUCACGYGCUACUYAGAGAGGACGAAUUUUCAYMUGAGUUCGGUGCWAGAGAYGUGUGACAAGAUGCARAGGGCGAAUCSKGAGCUAGCAGUGGAAGGAUGCACACGGGCGGUUGGGAGAUGCUAUGAUGUCAAGGAAAUGUUCUCCUUGAUGCCACACGAGGCAGUGGAAGAGGGAGUACGGGAGUUGUUACGUUAUUUUGAUGAGAGGGAUUGGAAACAAGUAAGGACGGCUACCAGGGGGAAGACUUGUGUGAUGUYGAAARCGGCACGAAAGGAGGUAGGAUACGUGUCGAUGGAGUUUGAGACAAUUCUCAAAUUAGUGUGUUAUGAUCUGAAGCACGCGUAUAUGAGGUGUGGCGAAGGGAUCAGGAGGCAAAGGGUAGGAAUACCGAUGGGAAAAACAACGAGUCCGGUACUGGCUACAAUUACGUGUGCGAUGGCCGAGAGGAAGUGGCUUUCUGCAUUGGGAGCAGAUAGGAGGUUGGUGCACGGUUGGCGGAUGGUAGAUGACGUCUCAAUCGUGGUGGGAUACAAGGAUGAGGGGGUACCARUGGCAGUGGCAGACAAGGUUUUCGAGAGCUUCGAGCAGUGCUAUGAUAGUAACCUGAAGCUGGAGAGAAAGGAUGGUGAGGUGAAUUACUGGAAUUUUAUAGGCGGAGUCAUGUACGUGGUACCUAAACCACUGCAGCUGCAUUUCGUAGCAGAGACCAAGAAUACGGUAUCACUCCGCUCAAACGGUAGACUGAAAUACCAAACCAUGCAGAAUUAUGCUAGCUACUCGGAGAAGAAGACCAAAAAGGCGGUUCUUUCCGCGACGCUGAAACGGCUGUGGCGUUUGACAACAUCUCAGGCGCUUAGCGUAUCAGUGGUUGUGUAUGCCAUGGUGGAGAGUUUCCUCCGGGGGUAUACCCCAGAGGUCUCUCUCGGUGCCUUGGCCAAAUUGGCCAAGAAUACGGGAAGCGAGCUAUUGUGUAGCCUCGGGCGUGUCUUUUGUGAGACGAUAAAGCUGCGGACGCGGGGCUCGAACAAGAGGCCUAGGGAGAAGGAUCUGGGCAUGUGUCAGGGAUACGGGUACCCGUGGGAGGUUUUUCUGACUUCAACCGCAAGGGUUCAGAGAACCGUCGGGCGCGGGUAGGAAUUUCCUAGGAAGUUCGUGGGGAACUGCGACGGGGAUGAGCAAGAGACUGAGUAUCUAGUGCUUGGGUUUU